AUGCCCACCUCAGAAACCCUCAAAGAAGCAGCAAAAGGCAACACAGAACCCCUAAAACAGCAAAUUCCCUCAACAAACGAACUCAAAAACCAAGCACACCAAACGCUCCAAGAUGUCAAGCAAAAAGUCCCCACAUCAACAGCAGAGCUCAAGGACGUGGCAGAAGAGACGGCAAAGAAGUCUUUCCAGAGCUUACGCGACUUCGUAGCAGGAGGAGUCGGAGGCGUAUGUGCGGUGGUAGUAGGACAUCCCUUCGAUCUGGUAAAAGUGCGAUUACAGACCGCGGAGAAAGGCGUUUAUACGGGAGCUAUGGAUGUGGUGAGGAAGACGAUUGCACGAGAAGGACCGGUGAGAGGGCUAUAUGCCGGUGUCUCUGCGCCGCUGGUUGGUGUGACGCCUAUGUUCGCCGUAAACUUCUGGGCCUACGGCGUCGGAAAACAACUCGUCAACACCUUCUCCGUCGUCGAAAACAACCAAUACACCGUCCCGCAAGUCUGUUUCGCCGGGUUCUUCUCCGCCAUCCCCAUGACAGCCAUAACCGCGCCCUUCGAACGCGUCAAGAUCAUCCUCCAAAUCCAAGGCCAAAAAGCCCUCGCGCCGGGGGAAAAGCCAAAAUACUCCGGCGGCAUGGACGUCGUCCGUCAACUCUACCAAACCGGAGGGAUCAAAUCCGUAUACCGCGGUUCAUUCAUGACAUUAGCACGCGACGGUCCCGGCUCCGCGGCUUAUUUCGCGACGUAUGAAAUUCUGAAACGGAAUUUGACGCCGAAAGAUCCUGUGACGGGCAAGCCGGGACAGUUGUCUUUGACGGCGGUCAUGGCGGCCGGGGGUGCGGCGGGUGUGGCGAUGUGGACGGCUGUGUUCCCGGUUGAUACGGUGAAGUCGAGAUUACAGUCUGCGGAGACGAAAGAGAGCAUUGCGCAGUGUGUGGGGAAUCUUUAUCGGAAUGGGGGUGUGAGGGCGUUUUUUCCGGGUUUGGGACCCGCGAUGGCGAGGGCCGUUCCGGCUAAUGCUGCGACGUUUUUGGGGGUGGAGUUGGCGCAUCAGGCUAUGAAUAAGGUGUUUUGA